AUGUGGAACCGUUCAACAUCAACACAUCAACACCAUCAACACAUCAACAUCAUCAACACCAUCAACACCAUCAACACCAUCAACACCAUCAACACCAUCAACACCAUCAACACCAUCAACACCAUCAACACCAUCAACACCAUCAACACCAUCAACACCAUCAACACCAUCAACACCAUCAACACCAUCAACACCAUCAACACCAUCAACACCAUCAACACCAUCAACACCAUCAACACCAUCAACACCAUCAACACCAUCAACACGUCAACACCAUCAACACCAUCAACACGUCAACACCAUCAACACGUCAACACCAUCAACACGUCAACACCAUCAACACUUCAACGCCAUCAGUACCAGUAUCAACACAUGACCAAUCUUUCCCCCUAUUCAUAA